AUGGGCAACAUUUUCAGUUACCACGACUCAGACGUCUGGUUCAGGACCUAUGAGUUUGGUCCUGUCAAGUUCUCUCCUACCAGCGCUACUGAGGAGUGGGGUACGUACGAUAAGGAUGUCAAUGCCUUCACUAAUCCCAGCAACCUUGCUGCUGGAGGUUUCUUGAUUCGCCCUAACCGUCUUACUCUACAUAAGCUCUCUGGUACCGACUUCUACCUCAACUGCAGCUAG